AAUGUAUAGAAAAGAAAAGCCCAUUAAUUUUCAAGGAUCGGCUUCAGCGAUCAACAAUAAUUUAAGUAUUGGCAUUCAGUCUGAUAAAGACCGACUACAUUAUGCAAUUGUACACAAAAGUGUCGUUAACGUCAUCACUGCUUCAUUAGAUGGAAAAAGUGUUUCAACACGCCAAGUUGCUUGCAAGGAGCAAGCAUCUGUAGCCUCCUGUGUUGUAAUUCAAGCAAAAAUAGUCAAAGUCGCUGAACGCUUAAUUUUAGUUGUAACAUCCCAGAAAGGAAUUCAUAUAUAUGAGGUUGAAGGCCUCCUAUUACUAUAUGCAUUUUCCCUACCUCAACCCGAAUCAACUCAUACUUGUACUUUGGCCCGUGGCAUUGCUGUUCUACUAGAUAAUGUAGUAUGCAUUGGAACGUAUGAAGGCCAUGUUCUGAUUCUUAGUGUUCCUUCAAAAGGAAAUAACAUUGAGUUAGUUGAAACGCUAAGGUUUCAUACCUAUCCCAUAGCAGCUCUGGACGGUGUUGGUGAAUGUCUUGUAGUAGCCGAUGAAAAAGGUGAACUUUCAGUCUGGAGUGCUGGACAACCUUUUACGAGGACAAACAGAGGCGUUGCAGGAACAUCUAGCGAUUGCGUAACCUCUUUAGCUCUAUGCGCCAAUAAUCUUAUAGCUUGCUCUACAUCAUCGGGAGCUAUUCGACUAUUGUGUGUUGAGACUUGUAAUGUGCUAGCUCAAAUAGAUGGUCAUGCCCGCUGCAUAACAAGUCUAAGUUCCGCACCAAAGUCUGGUCUAAUUCUAAGCACAUCUGAGGAUUGUAUGGUUCGUGUAUGGAGAGUAAUGAGAAACAAAACGGACAUAGAAGUCGAAUUGGUAUUUUCCGAACAUGUGGCUGAUACCAUGCUCCAAGGGAGUUCAUUCCUAAGUCCAAACGGUAAAGCGUUCGCCCUGACUGCCUAUGAUAGUAGUAAACUACUAUUCUACUUUUCACAAUAG